AUGACGGGGGGCUUCGCGCCGAUGGAGAUCGACGGGGAGAGCUCGCGCGCGGCGCCCGCGGGGAAGCGCGAGGUGUGGGCGUGGUACGGGUACGACGCGGCGGUGGCGGGAUUCUACUCCGCCGCGCUGCCCAUCUUCUUCCCCCUGCUCCUCGUCGCGCUCGCGUCGGAAUACGCGUGGCAGCACGCGGCGUCGCCGCAGCCGCCCGCGUGCAGCGCGGACGUGACGAGCGAUUGCCUGCAGUGCGUGCCGGGGAAGGGCACGCAGCUGCAGACCUCGGCGGGGUACACUGCGGUCCCCAUUCCCGGCAUCCUGGUGGCGGGCAGCGGCAACGUGAACCCGGUCCCGUGA